GGGUCAGUGUACGCGGAACUCUAAGGGAACCUCUCCGUGGUCAGUUCGUACGCGAGGACGCACCAUGUUCCUCACCGCUGUCCUCCUUCGCGGCCGCAUUCCGGGCAGGCAGUGGAUCGGGAAGCACCGGCGGCCGCGGACUGUGUCUUUCCAAGCGAAGGAGAAUAUGAUCCGUCGCCUGGAGGUGGAGGCCGAGAACCACUACUGGCUGAGCAUGCCCUACAUGACAGCGGAGCAGGAGUACGGCCACGCCGCAGAGCGAAGGGCCCAGGCUUUUGAGGCCAUCAAGGCAGCAGCCACCUCCAAGUUCCCUAAGCAUAGAUACAUUGCAGACCAGCUAGACCAUCUCAACAUCUCGAAGAAAUGGUCCUAACCCAGAAUCGACACCCUUCAAGAUCACGGAUAAUAGACUGCUCUGUCCUUACUUGGUCCUGGAGCUGAGAAAAUGUAAUUUAUGUACCAGUGUGACCCCAUCGACCAGUAUCUUAUUAAAGCAAACCUGAUUAAUAGUUGUCUCAUAUGGAAUACUUGGUACCCUACCUAGGCGUUUGUUUCAUGCCUGUAAUCCCAACAUUAGGGGCUGGGGAUUUAGCUCAGUGGUAGAGCGCUUACCUAGGAAGCGCAAGGCCCUGGGUUCGGUCCCCAGCUCCGAAAAAAAGAACCAAAAAAAAA